ACUAAUAACCAGAGCAACCGGAAAUUCUCCUCUAUCUCUCUCUCUCUCUCUCUCUCGCCGCUGCUCUAUGGAUUCUUCAUCUCCUUGUUCCGUCAUCAUCGUCGGAGCAGGGAUUUCCGGUAUAUCGGCCGCGAAGUUAUUGGCGGAGAACGGAGUGGAUGAUUUGGUGAUACUCGAAGCUUCGGAUCGUAUCGGAGGGAGGAUUCGGAAGGAAGAUUUUGGAGACGUGUCGGUGGAGUUGGGUGCCGGUUGGAUCCAAGGCGUUGGCGGGAAGGAAUCUAAUCCGGUUUGGGAAUUAGCUUGCGAAUCAGGUCUUCGCACUUGCUUUUCCGAUUACAGUAAUGCUCGUUUCAACAUCUACGAUCGAAGUGGGAAGAUAUUCCCAAGCGGUUUAGCUGCGGCUUCGUAUAAUAAAGCCGUGGACUCGGCGAUUCAGGAACUCAGGAAUCAGGAGGCUAUGCUAAGUGGCCUCUCCACAGGACCGGAACCAUCAUCGGCACCAAAGACUCCAAUAGAGCUAGCCAUCGAUUUCAUCCUCCAUGAUUUUGAGAUGGCAGAGGUAGAACCAAUAUCAACAUAUACAGAUUUUGGGGAGAGAGAAUUUCUUGUAGCAGAUGAAAGAGGAUACGAAUUCUUGCUAUAUAAGAUGGCGGAAAGUUUUCUUUUCACCUCUGAAGGUAAAAUCGUGGACAAUCGUCUUAAGCUAAACAAGGUUGUUCGGGAAUUACAGCACUCGAGAAACGGCGUUACGGUGAAAACGGAGGAUGGUUGCGUUUACGAGGCCAAUUACGUGAUUUUGUCUGUUAGUGUUGGCGUUCUUCAAAGCGACCUUAUUUCUAUUUGCCCUCCCUUGCCUAAGUGGAAAACGGAGGCUAUAAUGAAAUGCGAUGUGAUCGUGUACACCAAGAUCUUCCUCAAGUUCCCCUCCAAGUUCUGGCCAUGUGGGCCAGGCACUGAGUUCUUUAUAUAUGCCCACGAGAGAAGAGGCUACUACACGUUUUGGCAGCACAUGGAGAAUGCUUACCCAGGGUCCAACAUUCUGGUGGUGACACUAACCAAUGGCGAGUCGAAACGUGUCGAGGCUCAAUCGGAUGAGAAGACGAUGGAGGAGGCCAUGGGGGUACUUAGGGACAUGUUUGGACCAGACAUACCCGAUGCAACCCGGUUGCUCGUUCCUCGCUGGUGGAACAACCGAUUCCAAAGAGGAAGCUAUAGCAAUUACCCCCUCUUAGCCACCAAACAAGACUUCACUGACAUUAAGGCACCAGUCGGACCAAUAUUCUUCAGUGGAGAACACACGAAUGAGAGAUUUAAUGGUUACGUCCAUGGCGGCUACCUAUCAGGCAUUGACACAAGCAACGCUUUGUUGAAAGAGAUGAGAAAGGAGGAAAAGAAAAGAGAGAGUUCGUUGGACUUGGUGGAGAGUCAAAAUUUUCUGCUGGAGCCUUUACUUGCAUUGACUGAGUCGUUUACUUUGACCAAACAGGAAGCAGUGUCCGGUCUUCAGAAGUGGGAUAUUGCAAGGCAGCUGUACGUGAGUGGGAAGUUGGUCGUGCAAGAGGCUAUCAAAUGACUACAUGGCCACUUCACUGGAACUCACUUUGACUUUGACCAGAACUGCUCAACCACGGUUGUGAAGAGUGACCGGUGGGUCUCGGGUUCAGACCUCUUGAGCCUUCGGCCCACAUGCGAAAUUGAGGAAGUGAAAGAAACUGACAAAAAUGCUUCAGGAGAGAAAGGAAAGAGAGAGAGACCCCAAAUGUUAGUAACGGCUUUGGGAACAAUUGACCAUAGACUUUAGGGGCUGUGAAGUUUUUAUUCUGAAAGAGAAGCUGCAGUUGGACUUGGGGCCAUAGGUGAUAGAACACACAAAAUUUAGGUCAUUUGGGUAAAAAGAAGGAACAUAAGGGUAGAAAAAAAAAAAUCAAAGAUUAGUACCUUCUCCAAAUUCACCCCUCCCAGAUCUUGAAGAAGCUAGGGAAACAUAGGGUAAUGACCCAUUACUCUUUUUUUUUUCCUCCUAUUUUUUUGGGGGUAUAUUUCUCUAGUGUACUUCGCACCAAAUUGAUUUUUUAUUUUUUUCAUACUUAUAUAUAUAUAUAUAUAUAUUUUUUAUAAAAAAGAUCUAUUGAUCAUCUUGUGUUGAACUCGGGGUUGGUGGAAUAUAAAUAUCUGUUAAUCUUAACAGACUGAAGUUUGGUCAGAUUAUCGUACACUUGGAUCGCCUUAAUGAGCUGCAGGAUAUGGGUAUUUUUUAACAAUGCUAACCCGCCAGUGUACGGGAAGGCCUUUGGGCUAGAAAGUCUGCCAACAUGUUGGAGCAACUUGGAUCGCCUUAAUGAGCUGCAGGAUAUGGGUAUUUUUGUAACAAUGCUAACCCACCCAUCUCUUGGCAUAAAUACAAGUGGAUGAAUUUUUCCGUGCAGUGUCAGCUGGCCCAUUAAAUAGGAGAUGGGCCAUUUCCAUUCAACGUUCAUCAAAUGUGUGCCAGGUUCGUGUACAAAGUCUAGCUAAUUGUAUGGGUAAAAUCAUAAAUGCCGUGAUACCCACCACGUACGUACGUGAGGACCAAGGACCAAGUACAAAUCCAGCAAACUCAAGCCUCAGGCCCAAGUAUCUUGUGUCUAUAUUGCCUGACAAACAUGAAGGCUCUGUUCACUGUUUCCUCCUCACACUGUGUGCGGGGGAAAUUUUCUCCCUUAAAUAUAUAAUGGGAAAGGGAAAUUUUCCUUGUUCUA